AUGGCGAGAACAUGCGGAAAAGCUCUGAUUGUGGCAGGAGACGACGACGACGACGACGACGACGACGUUAUGGAGAGAAGGAUGGAAGAGAUGGAAGCAAGGAGAAGAGAGGAGGUGGAGGCUGAGCUGCGAGGUCCGGUCGAGAAGGUCCUUCGCAACCUUGAUUUUGCCCGUUCGGCUCGGCUCGACAGCGCAACUGCAGCAUGGGAGAUCAGCGAGAUCGAGAUCAAGACGCUCGAGCAUGCAGAGAGACUCGGGCAACAAGUGAGAUCAGAGAGUGCUGAGGAUCAGGUACUGCAAGAGACGCUGUCUUGCUGUAGAAGAGACCCACGAAUCGAAGUACACUACUUCAACCAAUGCUUCCAGGAUUCCUAUGGCCAUCGUUUGAACGCAGAAGCAGAGGAAGCUCUCAAUGAGGAGAUUCAGUCCGAGGGACGGAGAGAACAGCACGUUGCAGCACAGGAGAUGGCUUGCCAAGACAAGGCUUGGUUGCACCAUGUGCGGGAGUCAGAGCGCAGGCGAACCCUUCGGAAAGCUCUGCAGGCAGAGGCGAAGCUGAUCGAAUUUCAGGAGAGAUGUAGAAGUCUGCACGAGGAGGAGGCUGCAAGUAGAUCCAACUUUGAGGAAGGUCACGUCAUCGAAACCAUCGCAAGAUCAGAAGAAGAGAUGUUGUGGAGAAGGAACGACGCUCUGCUCGAUGCGGCAUCGGAUCGUCGAAGACUCGAAGACCUGCGGUUGAAGAGAAUCGCGGAGCAAGAAGAAGAAGCAAGGCUGCAGCAGUCAGUGAAGGUGUACAUGGAGAAUCUGGUGCAAGAGGCGAUGAAGAUCUCACUUCGUGGAGAGCGAGAGCGACGGGAGAAAUGGAACAGAAUCCAUGAGAUCCGUUCGGCCCGCCUGAAACUGAGGCGAAAACGUGCUGGAGGAGCUAGUGAGGCCCAGCAGAAUCUCCAGAGACUUGGCUUGCAGAAUGCCGAUGAGGAGACGCUCUCCAAAGAAGAGAAAAAGCUGCUUGCUGAACUUGACAAAAACUGCUCCGAGCUGGGGAGGAACAUGUCUUAUAGCAUGGAGGAUUGGAUCGCAAAGGCCUCGAAAUUGGAGGACGUCUUCUUUCAAUCAAGGAAGCCUUCGUCGCUGCUCAAAUACCUCGAUGAGUGGGGUUCGAGGAGCAGGGGAGAGAACACAAGGGAGCGGGAAGAAAGGAGGGAAAAGCCUGUUCCAUCGGAGAAGCAGUCAACGCCAGUGCCCGAGGAAUUGAGAGAGAGAGUGCAGCAGCUCUGGGACGACAUCGUGAUGCUGAUCAGCUACAGCUCUACCUACGAGCUGUCUGAACAAGAUGCAGAGCUCCUGCUCCGACUGUCGAGGGUGUGGACAAGAGUGACGGUGCUCCGGUCGGCCGUGGACCCUUCAAUCCUUCGAUCGCAGGAAAGCUGGCAGCAGCGGGAGAACCCAGCAGGCAGCGAAGACGUGAUUACAGAGAGGAGAGAACGCGACGAGGAGCAAGUCCAAGGGUUUGUUUCCUUCAGAGAGCACAUUCACAUUCAGGUACAGGAGUGCGAGGCGGAGAUCGCAAGUCUUAAGAUGGUUAUUCAAGAUCUGGUAGAUAUCAACAAAGCCCUCCAAGACAACCGCACAUGA